GUUGUAGGCUCAGUUAUGAUGGCAGCUGUGGGUUGACAUCGAUACAUUACUGAAUAUAAACUAUUUAAAAGUUAGCGGAAAACCCCUGACACAAUAACAUAGAACAUAUUAACAGUUUUCAGAUAGUACACACUUAAACACACACGCGCCCGGUUUGGGGAACGUGGCACUAUGCCCGCAGCGACUGUGGAUCACAGCCAAAGAAUAUGUGAGGUUUGGGCCAACAAUCUGGAGGAGGAGCUGAAGAGGAUCCGACAUGUCGUCCGAAAAUACAACUACAUUGCUAUGGACACAGAGUUUCCAGGUGUAGUAGCCAGACCAAUCGGAGAGUUCAGGAGCAACGCAGACUAUCAGUACCAGUUACUGCGCUGCAAUGUGGAUUUGCUCAAGAUAAUCCAGCUGGGCCUAACAUUUAUGAAUGAACAAGGGGAAUACCCUCCGGGAACAUCGACAUGGCAGUUCAAUUUUAAGUUUAACCUCACAGAAGAUAUGUAUGCACAGGACUCCAUUGAGCUCUUGACCACUUCAGGGAUUCAGUUCAAGAAGCACGAGGACGAAGGCAUCGAGGUGCUGUACUUUGCCGAGCUGCUGAUGACAUCAGGAGUGGUGCUCUGUGACGGGGUCAACUGGCUCUCUUUUCACAGUGGCUAUGACUUUGGAUACCUGAUCAAGAUUCUGUCCAACGCUAACCUGCCUGAGGAGGAGGUGGACUUCUUUGAGAUUCUUCGCUUGUACUUUCCAGUCAUUUAUGAUGUCAAGUACCUCAUGAAGAGUUGUAAAAACCUGAAGGGCGGUCUGCAGGAAGUAGCUGAGCAGCUGGAGCUGGAGAGGAUCGGGCCGCAGCAUCAGGCCGGCUCUGACUCUUUACUCACAGGCAUGGCUUUCUUCAAGAUGAGAGAGAUGUUCUUUGAGGAUCAUAUCGACGAUGCAAAGUACUGUGGUCACUUGUACGGUCUCGGCUCCGGCUCCGCCUACGUCCAGAACGGAACGGGGAACGCUUACGAAGAGGAGGCCAACAAGCAGCAGUCGUGACAUCACUCUGAUGCUCUCCCAUCCCGGGCGCGGUCCACAUGCUCAAUCAGUGCGGCGCUGAAGACAAGCUUCGCCAACCGGACAAUGAUGAUGAUGAUGAUGAUGAUGAUGAAAGAACACAAAACAUACACACGUCAUUUAGCAAGCUGCUUCUCAUAGGCUCGGCUCACCUUAGGCAACUCAAUAUGAUUGUCUAAAAAAAAGAAUCACAGCUGUCCUCACACAUGCUGGCUGUGUGUGUGUGUGUGUGUGUGUGUGUGUGUGUGUGUGUGUGUGUGUGUGUGUGUGUCUGUGUCUGUGUGUGUGUGUGUGUGUGUGUGUGUGUGUGUGUGUGGUCUUUUAUUCCUACGAGGCGGUGUACACGUUCUGGGUUGAAUUUAACAUGCUUGAAAAGAUGGAAUUUUAGUUUUCCUAAGAACAAUGUUCCGUAGAAAUGUUUUGCACUUUAAAAGCUCUAACCUGAUUUUAUAUGGAAAGCUGAAAAACGUUUCUGGUGUCUCUCUCGCCUCUUUGUUGCCUUCUCUACGUUCCCAUUUGACUUUGUGAACAUAUAAAUCUUCUAUCACAACAACACGCUCAGCCUUAAUAUUAGCUGCAUUCUUAUCUUUUAAACUUUAAUUUAUUGUGCUGGUUAUCUGACAUUAAGACACCACCACACAUGUCUGUAUGCUCGCCCUGUCAUUGGAUCUAUGUAUGAUAAUGAGAACGGGAGUCUGUUUAUGUGCACAUGAAUAUUUGGUUGGAAGUUUUUUUUUUUUUUUUUUUAUAUAAAGAUGUUUAUAAUGACCUGAAUAAGCUCUAAUCCCACUGUGAGAAACUAACGCUGCUGUAUUCUGCUAAUGCAGCAUGUAGAUACUAAAGCAAAUAUUCCUCUUUACUAUUUAAGUUGCCUUUUUCCUGUUUGUAUUCAUAUUUACAGUAUGUACAAGAUGCAUACACAUGGAGCAAUAUGGAUUGUUUGUGCAUGUAAACCCCUAAGCACAGAUGCAUCAUGGUCUUUCAACCAAAUUCACCAGACCUUUAAAAAAACAAUUAAAAAGUUUAAAAACACUCGCCUGCUGUAAGACCUGCUGAGGUUACCCUGAACUUCUGUUUAGAGUAACAUUUCAUUUUUAUUUGAAAUGAUAAGGUUUUGUAGAGUUUUAUUGUUGUAACAAAAGAAGACAAAACUUUUACUCAAUGGAAAAACGAUAACAGUGAAGUUAAUUUCACUUGCAGUUCUGGCCUUUUGAAUGUUUUUUUUGUAUUGCUUUCCAGUUCAUUCAUGCUGCGUAGACAGGCCGCACGUACUGAAGCGUCUGAAUAACUGCUGUGUUGUUAUAGUAGUAUCCUGAACUUCCAUAGGUGUGUGUUGAAAGUGUAGGUUCAAGUUGUAUUAACCUCCCUGAGCGUCAAAGACAUCUUUCACACUGGAACAGAGUAAAAAGAGGAGUAUGCAAUAUGCAAUAUACAAGAGGAUUGUUUUUAGAUUAUUUUGUAAAUAAAGGCUUGAAACUUUUCUACCAUAA